ACAGGAUCAGCGCCCAAUGGCUCAUGUAUGUGUUUGUGUCUGCCUCGCUCACAGCUGAGACACAGCGGCAGAGUGGUCAUUCAGUGCAGCCCUAUGGAGGGCCGUAUCGCCGGUCUGUGUGUCAUGCGCACAUGGGAAGGCAAUCGAGCAGAUAAGAGCCCUGGCAUGUCAGGCUAACGUUAUCUUGCUUGGUGAGAAGCUUUGUUCCUCCCCCUUUGGCAAACAGCAACUGCAUCACAUCGACGUUACCAUACGCGGCAGCUAAGAUGAAUGGCGUCCAGCCACACUGCAAUCAACACACACACACACACAAGGGGCACACUGAGGUGUCACAUGUGUGUCCUCUGUUAGCUCGUCGAGUGCAUCGAUCAUUUUGCUAUCCCACGCCAGCAGCUGAUUGACGACAACAAGACUGCCCUCCCUGACUGCAAAGUGCAGGGCAGUGCCGCCAGACUGCAUUCCAUCACACCCAGCACACAUCUCAUCACCGGCGGCACACCACAAGAUGGUUUGGCUGUGUUGGUACCCCAUCUGUUUGCUGAAGUACGUCAGGUUUGCUCUCCUACAUGACCUUCAUGAUGCCGACGUGACCAUACUGUACAGCCGCGAUGAAAGGCGUCCGCUGCAGGAAUAAAUGAGAACACACAGACCACUGAGUGCACCUGGGUGUAUUUCUCUCGUCUUCACGAUUGCACACCUUCCAGGGGAAUUCGUCGUCUUGUGAGUCGAGUAUGUCCUUGCCCUGCACAUCGAUCAGACGAUGAACGGACUGCACGUCGUUGGCCUUGACGGCCUCGAACACGUCCAUCUGCCUACAACCAGCAUGUAAAUAACCCCGUUGGCGCGAGCUGCUUUGUAUAGUGGGUGGGUCACUUGGCCGCUCACGUAUUUCUGCAUGAUGUCUCUGAUCUUCCGGUUGUGCUUCGCCAAGUCCCACGGGGUCCCUCCCUGUUGCCAUGAGAUGAGAUGAGCACAUGACUCAACCACUGAAAAUGUGAAUGUCUGUCUGCACUCACCAGUCUGCUUUUGAUGUCGAGCAGAGCACCGCCGCCCCACUCCAGCCUUUGGGAUUGGCGCAACAAGGGUAAGGACAGUGUGAAUCAGAUAUUGGCGUCAAUCCAUCUGUCUCGCUCACAGCUGAGACACAGCGGCAGAGUGGUCAUGCAGCGCAGCACUAUGGAGGGCCGUACUGCCCAUCUGUGUGUGUCAUGCGCACAUGGAAAGGCAAUGAGGCCAUGAGAGGGGCACUUUCUCUUCUCCUUCUCCUCGCACCUUGUCUGUCCCUGUGAGCAGGGCCUGCUUAUCCUCCCUUUUAGCAUACAGUGCCAUCAUUACAUUGACAUGACCAAACGCGGCAGCCUUCAUGAAUGGCGUGUACCCAGCCUGCGAUCAAUACACACACACACACACAAUCGACACACUGAGGCGUCAGAGAUGCGUGUGUGAUCUGUUACAUCGGUGCGUCCAUCGAUCAGUUUUGGAUCCCACUCCAGCACUUGAUUGACGGCCGCGAGACAGCCAUGCCUGGCAGCGAAGUGCAGAGCAGAGUAGUCAUACUGCAUCCCAUCACAAUCAAUACAUCUCGUUAUCACCAGCAGCACACACGAUGGUUUGGCUGUGUUAGCACCUUGUCUGUUUGCUGCAGUACGUCAGGUUUGCUCUCAUACAUGACCUUCAUGAUGCCGAAAUUCCCCAAUCCUGCAGCCAACAAAAAGAACGUGAUUUCUGCGUCCCAGUCCCAGCCCUGCGGGAAUGGACACAGACACACAGACCAGUCAGUGCAUUUCUGUCGUCUUCUUCGCCGCGUACUUCGCAUUUGUCUCGUUUGUUGAGGAUUUCGUUGCCGUGUACAUCGAUCAGAUUACGACCAGCAUACGAAUACCCCCGUCAGCGCGAGUGUUUGAUGGUGGGUGGGUCAUUUAGCCGCUCACGAAUUUCCAUUUCUGCAUGAUUGAUGGUUUGACUGACUGGGGCUUCCCUCGGGUCCUCAGUGCCGCGCGGGGGAUGAAGGAAAAAAGGAGAGGGGGG